GGGUGGUGGUUCCCCUCUUCAAAAAGGGGGACCGGAGGGUGUGCUCCAACUAUAGGGGGAUCACACUCCUCAGCCUCCCCGGGAAGGUCUUUUCGGGGGUCCUGGAGAGGAGGGUCUGCAAGAUUGACGAACCUCGGAUUCAGCAGGAGCAGUGCGGUUUUCUUCCUGGUCGUGGAACUGUGGGCCAGCUCUAUACACUUAGUGCGGUCCUGUAGGGUGCAUGGGAGUUCGCCCAACCAGUCUAUAUGUACUUUGUGGACUUGGAGAAGGCGUUCGACUGUGUCCCUUGCAGAGUCCUGUGGGGGGUGCUCCGGAAGUAUGGGGUAAUACGGUAAUACUAAUACGGGCCAUCGCUACAGCUGUAAACUGUUUCUUUUAUUUUGUCUUUUCUUGUGCUCGCAUCUGUUACUAACAGAUCGGUUUUGCUCCACCUUGAGAUUUUUACCUGCCACGUCCAGCCUAGUCUCAGCAUUCUGUCUCCACUUCUUAGAUUUUGCCUCUGCAAGCCCAACACUCCCCACCCCCCACCCCUGAAUUUAUUAUUAUUAUCAUUAUUUAUAUUACAUUUCCAGAUUUCGAUUUUUGUUUUUCAACAUGUCAUACGUCAUGUUUCAUUUUAUUCAUAGCCUCUUUUCCAACUCCUCAUGUGACAUCUCACAACUUCUUUCAACACAAGACGCCACAGCACUACAUGUACCUCUAUAUGUAAUCUUAUAUUUUUAAAGUAAAGAGCAAAGUUAAAAUAGGGACUAAUGAAAUGUCUGUUUGCAUGUCUGCAUCUUCAUGUGGUUAUUUCAAGUGUUAACCGCUCAGAGCUCUGCUGCUCUUGUUAACCACAUUCUAAAAAAACAUUUCCCGUUCAGUUGUCUGAAAAAGGACUGCAAAGAUGGAAGAGGCUGCUGCAGCAUCAACAUGUUGCACCAUGGACAUCAAGAGUCAAAGUGUGCUGGACGAGGAGUUUGACUCUUCACCUGUCUGUUCAUGUGUGCUGUCAAACAUCACCAUGAAUCCUGUCUGUUUCUAAUAAACACUAUCUGAAGAAAACAAGCUGCGUUCAUGCAAACAUUUAUCUGAACUAACAAUCACACAACUUCCCCUUUUUUUUCUCGUCAAAAGAAACAUGUGAUUGACACGUACACACCAUGUGACUGUACACAGUGUGAACUUGAGUCUCCACAUAGUUUGCUUGUUGCAGCGUUAGAUUGGCUCCAUGAAUGCAGAAACAGAUUCUUUUCCUGAGAGAAAACUACAUUUCAAAAAUGUUUUGUUGAGUUUUUGGCUGUUUGUACGUCUACAAGAAAUUCAGAGAGACGAAAAUCUAAAACAGACUAAGAGUCGCUGUGAGGAAGUGACAUCACAGUAACCACAGGAAGUAGACGCAGCAGCUCUCUACUAAAGCACGACUUUAGACAGUCCAGAGACAGAAGAAGAAGAGAGACAGAGAGUCACCAUGGUCGACUUCAAAUGGAUUCUUAUAGCGCUGCUUCAGUUUACAGCAGCAGCUGAAGGACUUCCCCCCUCCUUCACUGUCAGAGCUGGACAGGAAGUCACUUUGCCUUGUGAAAAUGUGACAGACGAUCAGCAAAACUGUGACAGUACAACAUGGGUGUUCAUGCAACCAAGAAAAACAGAAGCAGUACAGCUGAUUAGACUUGGACAAAUUGCUGAACAUGGCAAAUCUAAAUCAGACAGACUGAGUGUUAGACAGAAAUGUUCUCUGGUUAUAAGGAAUGUCACACAUGAAGAUGCUGGACGUUACUACUGUCAACAAUGGAAAUCAGGACAAAGACCAGGUUAUCUCUAUGUGGUUUAUCUGUCUGUUGUUACCAUGACUGAACACGAGAUCAUUGAUCAGGUGGAGUGGUCCUGUUCUGUGUCAUCAUAUGGAUGGUGUUAUUACACAGUGAAGUGGCUGUAUGUCGGUAACAAUGUGGAUGAAGAUAACAAUGAUCUGCAGACAUCACAGUCUCCCUGCUCUGCCUCUGUGACCUUUCAGUCUUCUCAUUUCAUUCACACAUCAAACUCUGACUUAUUGAAGUGUGAAGUGACUGAUGGUGACAAAGUGCAGCUGUUUCCCUUCAGACUUCAGCCCUCAGGUGAGAAACCAGGUUUGUGGAGGUUCAUCAUCAUGCCUGUGGGUUUAGCAGCUCUCAUAAUAAUCAUGGUGGCAGUCAGCGUGUGGACAAGAACUAAAGGGAGAAAAACACAGACGGAUGAAAACAUGGUGGCUGAUGAUGAAGAUGAUGGUGCAGUGAACUAUGAGAACGUCACAUCUUCUGUUUGAGUUGGAGCAACACUUCUGCCUCCGUCAGACUCCACCCAUCAACAACUUGUACAUCAGCUCAGCAUGUUUUCCAUGAGUAGAUGAAGAUUUGAAGUCACAAAAACAUCCUAAGAUCAUUUUGAGAGACUUAUUGAGUGUGCCUGAAAGCACACUAUAUGUUAUCCACCGCGCUUCUUCUUUUGCUUAUUAUUCCUACGCCGUUUUUUUGUCACGCUACUCCUCCCAGAGUUUUUGUCGCACAUACACAAAACGGGUAUCAAAACGUGCAGCUCGG